ACUUACACGCACCGCAAUCUACCUACGUAAAUACGUCGCGAGUGCUGUGGCCUUUUUUUUCAAUUUAAUUUUUUAAUAUAUAUUUUUUUGUGUGUGCAACAUGUUACGUCAGUGUGUCACGUUGGCAGUAUUGGGGUGUGUUUUGGCGGUUCCCGCGCCCCAGCACCAGUACCAACCUCAGCAUCAACAGGCCGGAGGUUACGACCCACACCUACUAAGACAGUACCUCGCUGACCAACAAGCCGCAGCGCCGGCGCCUGCGCAGACACAAGUCCUUCAGCGACCACAACACUUACAGCAGGCAGCACCCAGACCUGCUCAACCCCUAUACACAGUCCAGAGCGAGGCUCAAUACCAGCCCCAACAGCACCAGCAGCAAUACCAACCGCAGCCACAGCCCCAGCCCCAGUACAGGCCACAGCCUCAGUACCAAGCCCAGAGGCCCCAGGAACAACGUGAACCUGAGGAGUAUGAUCCUCAUCCUUCCUACCAGUUCGGUUUCGACGUGAAUGAUGACCAGUACACCAACUACCAGAACCGUAAGGAGCAGAGAGACGGUGACGUCAUCAAGGGUUCUUACUCCGUGGUCGACAGCGACGGCUUCGUCAGAACUGUUACUUACACUGCUGACCCUAAGGAAGGAUUUAAGGCUGAGGUAUCAAGACAGCCCACAGACAUCGUAGUAAAGAUCCCCACUCCCAAACCCCAACUCCUGCAGCCUCAGGUACAGCACGCGGCGCACGCGCAGCCGCGGCCACAGCAGCCUCAGCACGCCGCCCCCCAACAGUACUACCGUUAUGAACAAUAAGAUGUAUGUAGUGUAGUCUGUCUGUGUUGGUUAUUGCGGAUAGGGGAAUUAGAAUAGAUGAAUAUAAAAUUAAUAAUGAUA